AACGAGCAUUAAAGUCAAAGCGCAAAGAAAGUAGGAUUUGUGACGGGAAUUAUACGCUGAACUUUUCUUUCUCUGCUCAAAGAAGAUGGAAGACGAAGAGGCUGUGCUCAAGAAAAAGUUGGAAGAGACAACCAAUUUUGAAGAAAGACGUGAGAUUAGACAAAAGCUUAGAGAGCUGCGCAAAAAGAAACUUGACGCUUUAGAGUCAGCUACAACUACAGCAAAUGAAAGACCAAGAAGGAGGGAUAGAGUGAAAAGAGAGGAGCAAACUACUAUUAUAACAGAGACAAAAACAACCACUGGUGAUUCUUUGGAGCCAUCAACAGUACAAACUAAGGUGGAGGUUAGUUAUAGUCACACAGUGGCAACUGAUGAACCCUCUGAAAAUGGUCUUGAAAAUGGACAUGUUGAAAGUGAAAAUGUUGUUGAAGAGGAAACAGUUUCUGCUAAAGAGGAAAAUGUUGUUGAGGAACAGCCAGUGGAAGGUGAAAGUGCAGCUCAGUUUAGUAUAGAAAUAAAUGGGGAAAAAAGUUCCCAAGAUAAAGAUGAAGAAGAAGUGGUGCCAACCCCACAGUCUGAAUUUUCCACAGACACUGAAACCGUAGAAAAAUCCUCUGAAAAAGUCAUCGAGGAUGAACCAGCACAGGACAAUGAGGAAGAAGAAGAAGUGGAAGAAGUCGAAUUAACACCAGAGGUGAUUGAAAAGAUGGAGGACUUAGAUCAAUUAGAGAAACUGCUUAAAGAUGUUCCUUUAAAUGAAUAUGCUCUGAGAAAGGCAAUAAGGCUACAAAUAAGACAACUGAGAGUCAAGAAAGAGAUGAACAAAGAUAGCGAAAUUGGGCUAGGGUUUAGAAAGAGAGAUAGAGUCAAUCAAGGAGAUGACUUACCAGGAAAUAACACAUCCGUGAGACACCAACCUUCUGAGUGUUCCAGGUCACAGAUAUCUGAUGAUAGUGGAUUGAGUUCCGGUACUGAAGCAAUGGCUUCAGUAUCCAUUGAUGAGGAUAAUGUUCAGCUUGACAUUGACAGUGUAAAGCCCCAAGCAGUGGCUAGUGACUCUGAUGCAGAUGAUGCUUCCUCCACAGUAUCUAGCUUAACCUCUGGGAGUGCUUCCGAGCCAGAGGUUGUCAAAACUUCACCUCCAAGACCUCCUAAACCAUCUAGACCUAUGUCAAGCACUCCUAUGGAGAGAAGAUCUAAUGGAGAGCUUUCAGGAGAUUUUAAAACUCGAGUACUAGGAAGCUCAACUACACCAAUAAGAGAUCUGUCAAAAAAGCCUAAAUCUUCAGGUCCUGAGCAAGUGGAUUUCCGAAACCAACUUAAGAAAACUGGUUUGAGAGCUGAUAGAGAUUUGACAGCACAGGGGAAAAGACAACAACAGGGAGAUUUCCGUGGACAACUGAAGUCAACAGGUAUUGAUGCAUCAAGAAAUUUAUCAGUGCUAAGAAAUGCAGGUAAAAAAAAGGAAGGGUCUGCUCAGGUUGAUUUCAGAGGGCUUCUUAACAAAGCAAAGGGUUCUGAGAGUCCUGUUGAUAAAAAAACACCUCCACGUCCUCCCCCAACAUACUUAUCAAAGAUAGCAGACUCUGGGGCUUCAGCUUCCCGAACCUCUGCUGGAAGUCUGUCAACUGAUGGCAAGGAAGGGGCAAAGGACUCAGAAAGUAAAGCUGGUCGAAAGAUCUCAAGUUCAGACCUGCUGAACAUGUUGCAUAAGCCUGUUGAGACUUCCAAGGAAAGUUAUCUUGUACAGCGAGGUAUCAAGAAGGCAGAGGCCUCAAAAUCGGUGACUCAGAAGUUUGUAGCACCAUCAACUAGUACAACGGAUGAGGCACUUCAAGCUCGCAUGGCAGCGAGAAAGGAAAGGUCAGAGAAACUUAUUCCUCCAGUCAAAGAUCCUCGAGAACAAAGAAGAGCUUCCAAAGAUGAGGAAAUGAAAGAUUUUCGUACAGUGUUAAAGAAAGCUGCUACUCAAAAAUCAAGAGUAUUGCCCAAAGGAAUUGAACAUGAAGGGGAGCAGGAAACUUCAGCAGGUGAAGCCAAAAGGAAUGAAAGAUUUUCAAUAGACAUCCAAGACAAGAAUGAACUUGCAAAGUUACGAGCAGAUCUUUUACGUCAAAAAGAAAUACAGGACAAGGAACCUUCAGAAACAAAAACUGUCACAACUGUCACAGAGAAGACAGUUAAGGAGACUGAUGGGGGACAGGGAACAAGAACAACAGAGAUUAAAAAGACAACUGAGGUGCACAAGACAGGGGAAGGUACCAUGACAGUGACUAAAACAACAAAAACAACUACAGGAGGUAGUAAAGGGGCUUCAAUUGAUGCACUGUUUGCACAAAGGAAGAAAGAGAGAAUGAUGGCCAAAAAGAAAGCAGAGUCAAACACAAAGGACAGAAGGAAUGCAUUUAAACAGCAGCUUGAAGCUCAAGCACCAAAAGUUGAAGGUGGAAGGAAGUUCACUAGUGGCAACACUGCUGUAAACCAGCUCCAGGAAUGGUGUCGUCGAAGAACUAAGUUUCAUGAGGGAGUGGACAUUCAGAACUUUACUACCAGCUGGGCCAAUGGGUUGGCUAUGUGUGCUCUGCUAAAUUACUUCCUACCUGAGAAGAUUCCAUAUGAAACUCUGAAUCCUGAAGACAAAAAGGGAAAUUGGACCCUGGCCUUUAAAGUUGCCAAUGAGGAGGGCAUUGAACCUUUGUUGGAGUUGGAAGACGUUAUGGCUGUUGAUGUCCCUGAACCCAAAAGUCUGAUCACUUAUGUCCAUUUUGUCUACCAACACUUUUCAGAGAAAAAACAACAGCAACAGCAAGCAUAGACAAGUUCCAUUGAGGUUAAGGUUCUUGAUACUGUGCUUUAAUCUUUCUUGAGCAUAAUAAUAUAUUUUAAAUCAGGCAGCUCUUGCUUAAUUUCAUAGUAGUUGAAAUGAUAUAAUAUUAUGUAAAUGUAUUUUAAUAAAAUAGUUUUAGAUAUGAUCGUAUAAGAUCAUGCAGGUUAUUUUUAAUCAGUUGUCCAGUCAACGAUUUUUGAUUUUUUAUUUACCAAAAUUUUAGCAAGAUGGAGUAGUUGAAUUUGAUUCUGCAUUUUAUAGUAACGGAUCAAUGAGGUAACAAUAUUAAACAGUGUAAUACAGUUAUAUAAGGACUUUUGUAUCAUUUAUACAAUACAAGUUGCUAAUAAUUGAAUUGUUCUGGAUGGUUUCUCCUUCAAAUUUUUCAAUAAAUCAAUUGCUACAGGGUAAGAAAUUUCAGACAGAGUAUCUUGCACUAAAGUCUUUUGAGGUACAUUGUAAGGUUGAUUUCUCUUUAUUAGUUAUGCCACACAAAAUUUCUAUGGUUGAAGUUAUAUACAGUGUAGGUAAAGAUGUUGUGUGUAAGAUUUAACCCUUUAACUCCCAAGAUCUGAUUGUUAACUCUCCCACCAGUUGCUACACAUUUCCUGGUAAUUAAGUUACGAGGAAUUUUAUGUAAGUUCAAAGUAACAACUUAUAUCCGUAAAGUUUAAGCAUUCUCAUAACGCGUUUUGCCGGAUAUUGUAUGGAUAUUGUAGGGAGAAGUACUAUUUUAAUCACUUCUGGAAGUUUAAGGGUUAAAACAAUCCGCUAAUGUUAGUUGGAUAAUCUUGUUCGAAGUGGGAACCUUUAAAUAUCGUUUACAGAGAAAUACAGAUGAUUGGUUGACAAGUUAAAACGUGCUCAGUAAUAUAUAGAAUGACUUGUCUAACUUGAUGUAAUCACAAUGUUUGCAAUCGAGUGAAUGAAAUCAUUUCCACUGUAGGUAAUUUAAAGUAAGAUUUUGUUCUAUUUUUUAAUCUUCAAAGGUGGGGCAUGAGAUGUCAAUCACGAAAUAUAUAGUAUGCAUCUGUAGCUGAUAUUCUGUGCUACUGUUUAUAAUUAUAUCGAGUUUGAGCAUGGUUUUCAUUAAAAUUACAACAAAACCGAUUGAA